AAAGAAGAAAAAGAAAAAGUAGUAGUAGAAGAAGAAGUAGUAGAAGAAGAAGAUGGGGUCGCGAGUCGUACGCAUGUUGAGAAAUGUCAACCUAGAAAACAGGGUUCAGCGAGAAAUUUCCAAGGAAAAGCCGAGGCCAGCACCAAGACACGCGGUUACACAACAAACCGACCAUGACGGAAAUGUUGGUACCGUCCAUCAGAAGAACAACGAUUUACUAUCAAAUCUGAAGUCCGUUUAUGUGGAUUCUAUAAACACACAAACGGUGAAGUCCAUAAAGAAGGGGGUGAGCAUGGAUGAUGAAACAAAAUGCAGACCGACGAAAUUCUUCCUUCCAGAAAACUCUUAUGGCCUCGCAAACCUGACAGAAGUUCCUCGAGGCAAACUGACCAUCACAGAAGCUAUUAAAGCUGUCGGCAGCCACCAGAAUGAGCCUCAAACAUGGACGUCGCAGAAGAUUGCUAAAGAAUAUUCUUUGGACUUAAAAGAAACAAAGUCUCUUCUUGAGUUUUUUAUCCCAUUCCAGGUUCAGAUCUUCCCACCUGAAAAUGUUAAACAGCUGAAGGUCGUUUAGGGGUGAAGGCGGAUUCUGUCAUUAUUUCAACCUGAAUUAUUUGCAACAAUUUGUUAUGUGUUGACCCUGCGAUGAAGUAGCAACUUGUCCAGGGUGUACAUUGCCCUCCGCCCGAUUGUAUCUGAGAUAGGCACCAGCGACCCCAAAGGGAAUAAGCUGUAGGAAAUGGAUGGAUGGAAUUUGUUAUGUGUUGGCCCUGCGAUGUGGUGGCGACUUGUCAAGGGUGUAGCCGCCCAGAGCGCAGCUGGAUUAGGCUCCAGCAACCCCGCAACCCCGAAAGGGACAAGCCGUUGAAAAUGGAUGGAUGGAUUAUUGUUAAUACAUACUUGUUGUGCACGUAACCAGCGUUGUAUGAAAUUAUGACUUAAAUUUUUUCUUUAUGUUAAACUCAAGUAAUGAUUACUUUCUAAGCAAUCCGCUCAGUGUGGUUCUUCAAAAUUAUUUUACCUAUACAUAGACAUUUCCUCCACAAGUAUUAGAACACCAAGGCCACAAAUAAUGUAGUUUUGCAGUAGGUUGAAAACAUUUGGGUUUGACAUUUUAUUACACCUACUUUUUGGUAUGGUUAGUUUUUAAGAAAAAUGUAUUUUAUUGAUCAAAAAUGUUGCAUCUGCUUUUGAAUACCGUCUCAGUUGUUGUACGGCCAAGCACUGUGUGUGUGUGGGGGGGGGCCUGUGAUACUUUGCUUGCCUAUUAUGCAACAACUAAAAAAAGAUUUGCAAACAGAUAUAAUGGAUUAAAGGUAAACAAUUAUUUGCUAACAAAAGACUUAUUUUGCGCAUAAGAUACAGUCGAAAUAUCUGUAUUUAAGUUUCGGGUGAGACGUUUUCUUUUCAAGGUACACAUAUCUAUGGUUGAUAGUAGUAUGUCAGUGCAGACAUGAAUUAUUUAUCGUAUCAAUCAAAUAAAAGGAAAAACUGCA